AAUAGAGAGUGACUUCCGCGCCGGGCAGUGUUUAGCCUCUCUCUCUCCUAUUAUAAACUCGACCGUUAAAUCUUUGUUUACAUUUUUUUACACACUUAAUAUAUUUUUUAAAUAAUUUACUAAUUAAAUAAAAAAAAAUGAACAAAUCUCUCUCCACCUCCGCCUCCCAACAAGUGAAACCCAUCACGCUCGCGGGAUCCGCCACGAUUGUUACGCAGUUUUUUCGCCACGCGGUGAACUCGAUCCUGUACCAGCGCGGGGUCUACUCCCCAGAGUCCUUCGAACGGAAACAAGAGUAUGGAAUCACCCUCUUUGUCAGUAAAGACAAGGAAAUCGUGGACUAUUUCGACAGCGUUUUGCCUAAUUUGGAAGGCUGGCUCACCAAAUCCCAGUUGAAAUCCCUCUCCCUCGUCAUAAUCUCCUCCCUCACGGGGGAAACCCUGGAAAAAUGGGACUUUGACAUCCAGACCGUCCAAGACAACGAUGUCACCAUCACUGGAAAACCCCUUCCCAUCACCGCUCGAAAAGACCUCACGGAAAUCUCAAAAUCCAUCCGGAACGUGAUGCGUCAAAUCACCGCCACGGUAACCUUCCUCCCCUUGCUCGACACCCGCUGCAGCUUCGACCUCAAAAUUUAUCUUAGUAAAAAAGCCACCGUGGGAAAGGAGUGGAAAGAGGAAACCACAGAUAGUGUUAAUAUCAAAGGCGACAGCGUGGACGUCGUCGAACUCCGGAGCUGGUCCACCGGGGUCCAACGGGUCAAGGGGAGGGUCACUUAUAAAUGUUAGGAGUGUGUAAAUAAAUUAUUUUGCUACGCGUGUUUUUAUUAGAAA